UGGAGGUGACAUUGUUACGUUACCGGCGCCGCUGUCGGGCUCUCACGCCGCGGUGCUGGGUGUUGUCAUGGUAACGGCCCGCCCUCCCCGCUUUACGACAUUCAGUUUCCGGCGCUUUGCGGCAGUGGUUGAUGGGAUUGGAGGCGCGGCUCGAGCGGUGUAUCCGACUUAGACACUGGGCAGAAGAACAGUUGAACGAUUAUCCUAUACCAUGCAGAAGUAGCUGCUGAGGUGUUUUAGAGCAGCUGGUGUUCAGGAACUGGAACAGAUGCUGAUUGUGAUUGGAUAUCAUGGGCUAUGAUAUAGAGCGAUUUAUAGGCUAUGUAAACGAUGGACUAUUGUGUUGCAUUUGUCGGGAUGUGUUAGAGAACCCCGUACAGGCACCAUGUGAACAUGCCUUCUGUACAUCGUGUAUCCAUGGCUGGCUCAUUCAGAAUCAUAAUUGUCCUGAAGAUCGGCAGCCCCUGGACAUAUCCAUGCUUCGACCAUUAUUCAGAUAUAUGAGAAAUGAUCUGAAUCGUCUUCAGAUUUGGUGCCGAAACCGAGAACAUGGAUGUGAAACAAUCUGUUCUUUAGAAGCUAUUGACCGACAUGAGAGGGAGUGUGAAUACAGCCGUGUUCCAUGCUCAAAUGCUGGUUGUACUGCUCAGGUCGAGCGUCGCAAUCUGGAAACCCACGCAGCUGUGUGUGAAUAUCGGAGCCGGGAAUGUUCCGAUGGAUGUGGUUAUACAAUUCUCAGUGUAGACGAUGUACAGCACAACUGUAUAGCAGAGUUACGGACAGAGCUGGAAUUGCUCAGGUCUGAGAUGAUUUGUAAAGUAGAAGAAGUGAGACACGAGAUGGAAUCCCGUUUGGACUCUCAAAGAAGGCAUAUGGUGCAGAAGGAAAGUCUUCUACAAAAUGAAAUUGAGGAGCUGAAGAGUCAGAUGUCACGUGUGAAGUCAGAUAUGCGGACACUCGUGGCAGAAGAAAGACAGCACCGUCAGGAGCUGGAACAGGCUGAAUUGGAGAAGAGAGAACUGAUGGAGUUAUUGAAAAGUUUGCAUAAAGAUACCAGGGCUGCAGCUGGAGAGGGAAACAGCAAAAAGCACACCAAUGGUCGACCUCUUUUACGCCUGGAAAGCAUUAAAAGAAAACCAAGAGAGGUCACUGUCAUCUAAGAAACAGCCUUUUUUCUCCACAAGGAAUUCUUUCCUGGUCUUGUGUUGCCAGACAUCUACAGAAGGAUCACAAUGUUAGGUUUUACUGAGGUCCUCGUACAUUUCUUCUCUGGUUCAAAGGUUUCUGGAGAAUGAACACGCUUACCUCAUAACUGCUUCGACUGCCUAUCAUCUACGCACCUUCCACGACUGGAUAUAAAACUCCCCAAAAGGGAGGGGGAUCCAGGGGGGAACCAGGGUUAUCGCCCUUUCUUUACCUCCCUAUCAGAUUCCUGAGCAACUCUCUCAAUGCAUGUUGUCCUUUCCCCUCCUUCAACACACUGCAUACUCUUUUAUUGUACGCAACCCUCAAUUACUCUUGCCCACCCUUACUCUGUCACUUGCUGUCACCUCUAUGUUCACCUUCCCUGCCCCAAUUUAUCGCACUUUUCCUGAGACUGGGAUGCUUCCCCUGUCACACAGGAGUGUUAUCUACUACAAUAGAAACAAAACAGUCCUAAAGGCAGUGAUGUCCAGGAACAAUUCGUUCUUCUGAGUCUUUUUCAAUAUCCUGAAAAUUAGGUCCAUCUAUCUGCAAUCUUUGUCACUGACCCUACUGCCAAUCACUCCGCCCUGGGGGAAUGGGGGUUCCCAUAUUACUCUUUUACUCUCACUUGCUGUUACCUCUAUGGUUGCUUUCCCUGCUCCAAUUUAUCCCACUCUUCCCCGCCCACCUCCUCCCUGUGUCGGACUCCGCCACUGUCAAGCGCUCCUGGACACUACCCCGCGUGAAGUGCGCUAUAUAAAUGCAAGUUGCUGCUGUUGUAUUACCACAGAGUCAAGGAAGGGCUCAUCAGCAAUUCCUUUCAGGACCUACUAGGCUUGCCAUAGUAAUACAAAUACUGCCCUUAGCCACCAGGAAUGAACAAACAAAAAAAGUCUCUUUUGAAGAUCAGUUUUAUUAAAAUUUCAUUUCAAUACUGCUAUAAAAGGACGACAUCUUCCAACUUUCUUCAACGAAAAUAUUCACUUUGUUUUUUUUACUAAAUCUUAUCACUACAAGUCAUCGGAGUCAAAUAUUGGUCCAUCAGUGCCAGAAACUCCAGUACAGAAUCUCACACUUCAUUGUCUUUUGUUGAGGCAAAACGUUUACUUGUUCACAAAUAAAGAAAGCGUGCAACGGGUUCAGGUUAGCGUGUGAAGGAUCGCACAUGUCUGCCCCUUCCUCCACUUCCACUGCUAAACUUUCCUCUUGAGCCUCCACCACUGCUCCAUGAUGGUGCUGCUCCUCGCCCUCUCGAUGUACGAUCCCGGGGACUUUGACGGUAUCCUGAAAUAUAAAUAUGCAAAAUAUGUGCAGAUUGUAAAGAAUGCAAUAUACACCUUUGGCCUAUGUAUUACAGUAAUAUAAGUAGUGCGACUUAUUCAAUGCCUUGUUCGUGGGCCUAUCAUUUCUAUAUUCAGAUUUUGUUUUCUCUCUUGUAAAAGCAAAUGGAAUUUCAAACUUGGUGUAAUAAAACAUGUACUAAAGAU